AUGGAUACCUCCAACAAGAUGGCGCCGCAAGCUUCGCUCUUCCAAGUCUACCUUCGCUUGAGGCCUCCGAUUCAACCAGCUUUACCCAGGCAAGCGACAGAACCAUGGCUCAUUGUCGAACCUCCGAGCUCGCCGACUGAGCAAACCGAUGCCAUAAACGACCCUUCUUCCACGCAUAUCACUUUGCAGCCGCCCAAUGAUUCGAGAAAGCGAGCGAUUGAAAGAUUUGGAUUUACAAAGAUCUUUCGGCAGGAGGCUAGACAGCUCGACAUAUUCGAUGAGACAGGUGCAGCAGACACAAUCAGGAGCUUGCUUCAAACGGGCAGAGACGGUCUAGUCGCGACAUUGGGGGUCACGGGGAGCGGAAAAAGCCAUACAAUUCUCGGAUCAAAGUCCGAACGAGGACUGACGCAGAUGACCCUCGACGUCCUCUUCAGAUCCAUUGGAGAGCACAUUCGGCGUCCUCAUCAUCCAGAUCUGCCCACGGAUACCGCCCUUCUGUCCUCCCUUCAGGCAUCUGACCCCUCAGAAGCCCAUAUCUUGUCCGCCACGACCUUCCUCGAAUCAAUGUAUGGAGAUGGCGACCGAGCGAGACUGUCCCGAGCUCAGACACCUAUGUCAAGAGCCCAAACACCCAUGGUACGCAGUAGCACCCACGAGCUUCCCGGCUCAUUCCCCGUUUCCCCUUCAAGUAGGACGGCACGUCCUUCGGUGACAUCGGUCUCCAAUCACUCCACGGCGUCGACAGUGCUGAUGCUUUCGUGUGGGACCGAGCAAGAUCCUUCGUUCGAGAAGGAACCAUGGCGGCCUCCAUCCAAAGUCCCUUUCAUGAACCGCUUGAGAAACUUGAAAAAGUCACCUGCUAAACUCAUGCUUGUGAAGGAAUCCAUGGGUCAUUCUACUCGAAGGCCACCGCUACCUCCACCGUCCACUCUCCCACAACAUCCUGAUGUAACAUCAUUUGCCGCCGACAUCGAUCAGCAAGCCGAAUAUGUGGUACUCGUCUCAAUGUACGAGGUGUACAACGAUCGUAUCUUUGACCUCCUCUCGAAUCCUUCUUUGCCGAAUGCCCCCAUGACGGCAACCAGGCAAGGGGCAGCAUUACAGAAAGGCUUGAUGCGUCGCCCACUGUUGUUCAAGAACACUGAGAUGUCUCCGGACGUCAAAGUCGUGGCAGGUCUUCGCAAAAUUGUGUGCGGGAGCUAUGAUGAAGCGAUGAUGGUCCUCGAAACCGGCUUGACUGAAAGAAGAGUGGCAGGGACUGGCAGCAACAGUGUGAGCUCCAGGAGCCAUGGCUUCUUCUGCGUCGAAGUCAAGAGGCGAAGCAGGCCACAGUACAGUGGAUAUGUGAUGGCUCAUUCCUUUUUGUGGACUGGUGGCACUAUGACGAUCUGCGAUCUCGCUGGCUCUGAGCGUGCUCGAAAUGCCAAAACUACAGGCUCAACUCUGGCCGAAGCCGGAAAAAUCAACGAAAGCCUGAUGUAUCUGGGCCAAUGUCUGCAAGUCAUGAACGACUGCCAGCAAGAAGGCAGCAAGCCCAUUGUGCCAUUCCGCCAGUGUAAACUUACGGAGCUGUUAUUUUCGAACUCUUUCCCGUCUGCCAAUCACGGUUCGGCAUAUCGUCAACCACAGAAGGGUGUUAUGAUCGUCACAGCAGAUCCUCAAGGAGACUUCAACGCCACGAGCCAGAUCCUGCGAUACUCGGCCAUGGCAAGAGAGGUGACGGUGCCCAGAGUACCUAGUGUGACCAGCACAAUAUUAGCCGGUGGAGGUCAAGGCAAAGCGUUGCCCAGUGGCCGCACGACUCCACACGACGCUGUUAAUCCUUACUUCGCAGCGAAAGAAUUGGAACAGGCCACUCACGAAGCUGCAAGACUAGCGGAGGAAUGCGAUCUGCUUGUUGUCAGGCUCGCCGAGGAAGAAAUCAAGCGCACCGAAGCCGAGUUGAAGCUGCAGGCAGCGACAGAGAAGGCACAGGUGAUGGAGCAAGAGAUCCGCGAGGAAUGCUGGAGAGAGAUGGAGGAGCGGCUCGACGAGGAGAGAGAAAGAUGGAGGACAGCAUGGGAGCAAGAGAGAGUUAAAAGCGAGGAAUUCGUGGACGGCAAACUCGAGCUUAUGGAGAAAACAGCCAACUUGACCAUUUACGAAGAUGCCACCGCCACUGGACAGCUGGAACAGCUACAACACGAAAACGAGCGCCUCCGAGCCCAGCUACGAGCCCUUGAGCAAGAGCUGCAGCAUAAGAGUCCAACAAAGAAGUUUCGAGGAAGUGCUGGAUCCAAGUCGCCCGUGAAAGGCCUGGUCCUGCAGGAGUCUGCCAACAUCAACGUUGCCACAAACCCGUUCCUGGCUUCGCUAAGGGCCUCGGCACGAGACAGUGACGCGACGAUCAAGGCAAAGAAGAGCGAAGACGAUCUCAAUGUAUGCGAUGUGUCCCCGCGAAAGCUGUCAUUGAGGAGUUCGAGUGUGACGCGGGUGUCGGCGUCGAAUAUUCACGAGGAGCCUGUGCCCGUCAAGAAGCAGCGCAAAUUGACGACGAGGAAGUGGGACUUGGGCGACCCCGACGACUUUUGA